ACCCACGGCAUGGACAUGUCUGCGGGAGGAAGACGUACUAACAAAUAUCUGUCAAAAGAAAGUGAUUCAAGGACUAAUAAAGAAGAGGCGAUUCCGUUUCUCCAAUGGGGCGUGAUGUCGCUGGAGCAGCUUGAAGUCGCGCUGGGAAAGAGCGAGGAGGAGCUGCAGUUACUUCUGUUGGACAAGCUGCACCUGACCAACUCAGAUAUCUGUAUGAGGGAGGCUGCCCUGCUCCAAUACUACCUCCAGGGGCUGUGCUGGGCCCAGGACACUCACUUCAGCUCCCUCCAAACAUCUUUCAGUAUGGCAGUGUUGGACACACUGUUCCACAAUAUUACAGAGAAGGGUAUGGACUUUGUCGACAAUGUGCUGGAGUUCGCCAAAGCACUGGCUGUAGCCUGCCAUUGCCCUUCUGGUGCUGAGGGUCCCUCUCCUCUCCUGAGUCCCAAGGAGGCGAAGGGUCUCAUCAGACUCAUCAGAGACACUUUGUUUCAGAAAUACCGGCUGUUCAAGGCUCUGAGCUCAGGGCAAGAGGAGCUGUUGCUAGGUGCUCAGGAGACAGUGGACCUGCCCUGGAGUCAAGAUGCUCUUACAGUAUUGGAGGAGGGCAUCCCCACACACCUGGUUACCCCUGACAUUAACCAAUAA